AUGGACAUUCUUGUCCUCAUUUCGUAUUUGUCGUUGGCCGCUGUGGGUAUUUCUACUGUAGCCUACGUAUAUUUUGAUAGAAAAUCUUUUGUCAAUGAUCGUAUUGUUGCAAUUGUCCUUGGUUUAAUGAUUAGUCGUUCCUUAACGAACUCUGCUGUUGUAGGCAUCUUAAUGUGGUAUUUUUCAUACUACGAAGGUAACCUUGUACUGUCUGCAGUUUUUUCAAACAUCCAAGAUUCAUUAUCAUCACUUUUGGUGAUAUUCAUGGCAAAUCUAUCUGAUUCGUUUUUCGGAAGAUUCAGAACACUCUUGUUUUCUACCACAGCAUAUAUUGGAGGCGUGUUUCUUUUGUAUUUGUUCAACCCAUACGACGUGAAAUGGCUUAUUGUGAUCGCACUAGUUCUCCUUGCUCUUGGAACAUCAGGAUACAAAGUGUUAGACGAGGUGCUUAUUGAGUUGGUGGAUGAUAUCGACACUUUAAAAAAACCAGCCACUUUAAAAAACAGGGAUCCAGAGUUGAUGGAUAAUGUUGACACUUCAGAAGAGAGGAAGCAGCUUUCUAAAGAACGUGCAGAGAUAUGGUCGCGUAUAGCAUAUGUAUCAGGGACCAUAAUUGCAAUUUUGUGGGUUUCCCCUUCUGGUUUAGCAGGGGUAUAUCUAACUUGGAGAGCUAUAUUCUUGAUUUGUAUAUGCUUCAUGACAACACAGUUGAUCGUCUUCAUUAGAGGUUAUAAACUGUAUUAUCAGGAGGAGUUAAAUCAAAGACCGGCUAUGAUAUUCUUCCGAGUGAUUGGUCAUUAUAUUGGAAAAUAUCUAUGCAAGUGUGACUGCGGGUGUACCGCAAAGAGAAAACAUUCCGGAACAACACAGAAAGCGGAAGGGCAAGAUGACAGAAAUGCUAACCUUCAUAAACAAGACAUGGCGAAAGUAAAAAUACUUCUAAAGAUUUUUCCCAUGUGGGUAUCUUAUUUUGUAGUGGCACUAAUAUCAGCAACGGGAAGCACUUUUUUUAUUGAGCAAUACAGCAACCUAAAGACCAGUAAUAAGCUACCAGUCCAGAUUUACAACAAUUUGAUUCAAGAAGGUUCAAAAUUUCUUAUCCCAAUCAUAUAUAAAAAAGUUACUUGUUCUCGCCGCAACAACCAAAAGGUCAAAAUUGGUGUCGGAAUGUUUUGUUCAAUCGUGUGUUGCAUUUCCGCUUGGCAGCUAGAGGUUCACAGGCUAAAAGCAGUCAAGAAACUGGUUGAUCAAAAUGCAAACACUUCUAUAAGUUUUCUUUUGUUAGUGCCUCAAUUCUUGUUACUUGGAUGUAUGGAGGGACUAACAAAUGAUGGAUUGUCGGAGUUUUUCAAGUCACAAGUAGAUAAAGACUUGGAGAAAUAUGGAGAGGAUUAUAUUGAAGUCGUGUUAGGCGUUGGGAAGUUAUUUACCAUUGCUCUCAUUUUGAUAUUUAAAAGCAGAUUGGGAUGGUUCGGUAAAACGAUCAAUGACAGUCGGCUGGACAAGUAUUACAUAUUUUUGGUAUGUGUCUGCUCUGUAAAUUUCCUAUGCUAUUGUUGCAUUGCAACAUUUUGGUUCAAGUGAUGAUAGUUCACAACAGAGCUCGGAGGCAUAAAAAUAAUACGAGUACUCUUUAUUAUUAUAAGUAUAGUGCGCAUAGUUAAAUAUAUUGUAUAGUUUCAACAAAAAGACAAAACUAAAGAUCAUCUGGUGAUCA